UGAGCUUCUGCGCAUGCGCAGCUCUCUACAGCUGCCGUGAUCAACAACCGCACGGCGUAACCCCUCAUUUCAAGAUGGCGGACCUUCUAGGCUCAAUCUUAAACUCGAUGGAAAAGCCUCCAACAGUCGGCAGCCAGGAAAGCCGACGAAAGGCUCGAGAGCAAGCAGCGAGACUCAAGAAGAUGGAGGAAGAUGAGAAAAGAAAGAAAGCCGAGUUCAGGAAAAAAAUGGAGAAAGAAGUGUCUGAUUUCAUUCAAGACAGUAAACAACCAAAACGAAAAUACAACCCUAUGGGGAAGAUUGAGAGGAGUAUAUUGCAUGAUGUGGCAGAGGUGGCUGGUCUGACUUCUUUUUCCUUUGGGGAGGAAGAGGAGAGCCGUUACGUCAUGAUUUUCAAAAAAGAGUUUGCUCCGUCAGAUGAGGAGCUGGAAGCCUAUCGCAAUGGAGAGGAAUGGGACCCUAAGCUGGCAGAGCAACGGCGAAGACUGAAAGAACAGGCUGCGUUGGAGGAAACGGCAUCCAGUCAGACAAAGAAGGCAGAAACGUGUCCCAACUCCAACUACAGAGACAAGUACAGUCACCUCAUCGGCACCUCCGCUGCCAAAGACGCAGCACAUACACUCGAGGCUAACAGCGCUUAUGGCUGCGUGCCGGUGGCAAAUAAGAGGGACACUCGCUCCAUAGAGGAAGCCAUGAAUGAAAUAAGAGCAAAGAAGCGGCAAAAGCAAGACGGCGAUUCAGGGGCACCGAGCAGCAGCUCUUGAGUCUCCACCAUUAUUGCCAUCUACUUGGGGGGGGUGCGUUUGUGUGUGUGUGUGUGUGUGUGUGUGUGUGUGUGUGUGUGUGUGUGUGUGUGUGUGUGUGUGUGUGUGUGUGUGUGUGUGUGUGUGUGUGUGUGUGCGUCUUUGCAUUUGUGUGUAAUUCAUCCUAUAAUGCAAUAUCUUGUACUUCAGACAUUUAAGAAGUACAACUUAAACAAGAGGUGUUGGAUCCAGUGUAUAUACCGCUAUCAGUCUUGAACUGCGUUGAAAUCAUAAUGUCCUGUUUAUUUGAGUCUGAUCGAGCCGAUUUCCAAAGAGUUAAAGAUUUGCUCGUCUCGUUAAUUAUUGAUCUUUGAGUAUUUGACCCUUUGAACCUUUUACUUUAUGAAAUCUGUUUUUAGCCUAGGAUAAUGUGACUGGGUGCUUAAAACGCCCUGGCAUCUUCAAACAUGACUUUUAAAAGGAUAUUUCUGUCAUCAUUACCAAUGAGCAUUUACAUUUAAGACACACUUUUAUUAUGAAAAUUUUCAUAAUUUUGAACUUGGGUCCAGGUGGAAUGACAUUUUGAUGAGACGUGAGAUAUCCAGUUUUUAAAGGGAAACUAGAACGCUGUCAAACGACCAUUUGGUUCAAUUUUUUGAUUUUUAUCUUUGUCUAAACCUUUUGAGGAUCUUUGUAAUGUUGGAUGCAUGCCAUUUUCUCCUUUUAAAGAGCAAUCUUAUUUUAGAAUAUGUGGUUUUGUUGGUUUUAAAAUCUUAAAUUGAGUCCAGGAUUUUCUUUGUUUCUAAAGAUCUGAAUUAAACAUUUUUCAAACUGCAUUUUAUUAAGCUUGUUGUUGAAAAUAUGUAUGGAGCAGAAGUACUCCUCUCAUUGUGGGAAUACGUCUUUUAUUUUUGUUGGAUCUUCAAGUUAAUUUCAAGACCUUAAUCUACUUUUAACAUGGUUGCACUGUUAAAUUUCCCCAUGUGUGUUAAUAAAUGGAGAACAAUAUGGAGUCUU